GCGUGAGGCAGCAGGAGGAGUAGGAGGAGAAGAAGGGAGAAGGAGGAGGAACCGCAGCGUUAUUGUUGGGUUUACAGCAGAGGUGUCGUCUUCGUGCUCUCACCACACGGACACAGAGCUCCGCCGUGGCGCCUUGCAGACUGUCGUCGAUCGACCGUGAAGCAGAUUUCCUCAAACAGCGGCUGUGACCCGGAUCAUCGCACCUGCAGCCUCGGAGGCUCGGAUCCUCUCGGAGCCUCUCGGAACAUGGACAACAAAGAGUGAUCGAAUCCCGGCGCUGCGCUGCGCUCUGCGGCCGAGACACCGAGCCAGGCUGCGUAAACACACACUCCUCCAUUCGGCGGUGCGCACAGGAGACGGCUGUGUGACAGAGAUAGACACGGUUUUUGCGCACAGCAUUUCGCUGUCAGGACUUGCAUCUGGUGCAGGCCGAUCCAAACCGAUCCAGACCGAUCCGUGCUGACAGCUUUCAUCUAAAGCCACCCGGGUCUUACCCUCGCUCCAGGUGGUGCUUUAAAGGGUCGAGAAUCGCGCCUGCGUGUUCAAUGUGUUCUUAAACAAGACAAACAAACAAACGUGGAGAAAUAUGUGGGUCAGUCCCGAAGACGUGUUACUGGCGGGCGCGCUGUGGAUCACCGAGAGGGCCAACCCGUAUUUCAUCCUCCAGAGACGGAAGGGCCACGGGGAUGGAGGCGGAGGACUGGCCGGUCUGCUGGUCGGGACCCUGGAUGUCGUCCUGGACUCGAGCGCUCGAAUGGCUCCGUACAGGAUCCUCUACCAGACCCCUGACUCUUUAAUUUACUGGAUCAUUGCUCAUGGAACGUCCCGUAAAGAGAUCACGGAGCACUGGGAGUGGCUGGAACACAACCUGCUGCAGACCCUCUCCAUCUUUGACAACGAGAACGACAUCACCACUUUCGUCAAAGGAAAGGUUCAGGGCAUCAUCGCCGAGUACAACAAGAACCACGAUGUCAAAGAGGACGACGACUCGGACAAGUUCAAGGAGGCCAGCGCCAAGUUCCGCAAGAUGUUCGGGAUGCCCGAAGAGGAGAAGCUGGUCAACUACUACUCCUGCAGCUACUGGAAGGGCAAGGUGCCUCGGCAGGGAUGGCUCUACCUCAGCAUCAACCACCUCUGCUUCUACUCCUACUUGCUGGGAAAAGAAGCCAAACUGGUGGUGCGUUGGGCCGACAUGACCCAGCUGGAGAAGAGCGCCACCCUCCUGCUGCCCGACGCCAUCAAGGUGAGCAACCGCACCAACGAGCACGUCUUCUCCGUCUUCCUCAACAUCAACGAGACGUUCAAGCUGGCGGAGCAGCUGGCCAACAUCGCCAUGCGUCAGCUCCUGGACAACAAGGGCUUCGAGCAGGACCGCUCGCUGCCCAAGCUCAAGAAGAAGACGCCCAUGAAGGUGUCGGCCCUCAAGAGGGACCUGGAUGCGAGAGCUAAGAGCGAGCGUUACCGGGCGCUCUUCCGUCUGCCCAAAGACGAAAAGCUGGAUGGACACACGGACUGCACCCUGUGGACCCCCUUCAAUAAGAUGCACAUCCUGGGACAGAUGUUUAUCUCCACCAACUACAUCUGCUUCACCAGCAAGGAAGAGACUCUGUGCAGCCUCAUCAUCCCGCUGCGCGAGGUGACCAUCGUGGAGAAGGCCGACAGCUCCAACGUGCUGCCCAGCCCGCUCUCCAUCAGCACCAAGAACUGCAUGACCUUCCUGUUUGCAAACCUGAAGGACCGAGACUUCCUGGUGCAGAGGAUCUCUGACUUCCUGCAGCAGACCACGUCCAAGAUCUACCUGGAGAGGGAACUGACCAGCAGCCUCAACAGCUCAGACGAGGAGGUUUACUCCCAGCCUGGAUCCCUGCUCUCCAGCAGCCCGCACAACAGCUCGGGUUCAGAGGGCGAGCGAACGUUUAACCUCAACGACAGCAGCGUUCCCACGGCGACACAGGCCCUGAUGACCAUGUACCGCCGGCGCUCGCCCGAGGAGUUCAACCCCAAGCUGGCGAAGGAGUUCAUGAAGGAGCAGGCGUGGAAGAACCACUUCACUGAGUUCGGACAGGGCGUGUGUAUGUACCGCACCGAGAAGACCAAAGAGCUGGUCCUCAAGGGGAUUCCUGAGAGCAUGCGGGGGGAGCUGUGGCUGCUGUUCUCUGGAGCGAUCAACGAGAUGGCCACUCACCGCGGAUACUACGAGGACCUGGUGGAGAGGUCCAUGGGGAAGUACAACCUGGCGACGGAGGAGAUCGAGAGGGACCUGCACCGCUCUCUACCGGAGCACCCGGCCUUCCAGAACGAGAUGGGCAUCGCCGCCCUCCGCAGGGUCCUCACCGCCUACGCUUUCAGAAAUCCCAAUAUCGGAUACUGUCAGGCCAUGAAUAUCGUGACCUCCGUGUUGCUGCUCUACGCCAAAGAAGAGGAGGCGUUUUGGCUGCUGGUGGCGCUCUGUGAGAGGAUGCUGCCCGACUACUACAACACCAGAGUUGUAGGAGCCCUGGUGGAUCAGGGCGUGUUCGAGGAGCUCGCCCGGGAGUACGUUCCCCAGCUGUACGACUGCAUGCAGGACCUCGGGGUCAUCUCCACCAUUUCCCUCUCGUGGUUCCUCACCCUCUUCCUGUCCGUCAUGCCGUUCGAGAGCGCGGUGGUGGUGGUGGACUGCUUCUUCUACGACGGCAUCAAGGUCAUCUUUCAGCUGGCGCUGUCCGUGCUGCACGCCAACAUCGACCUGCUGCUGGACUGCAAGGACGACGGCGAGGCCAUGACUGUGCUAGGCAGGUACUUGGACAGUGUGACCAAUAAGGACAGCACUUUACCUCCCAUCCCCCACCUGCACUCCUUACUAACAGACAACGGAGAACCACAUCCUGAGGUGGACAUCUUCAAACUGGUCCGCAGCUCCUACGAGAACUUUGGCUCCAUCCGUGCAGAUGUGAUUGAACAGAUGCGUUUCAAGCAGAGACUGCGGGUCAUCCAAACCAUCGAGGAUACGACUAAACGCAACGUGGUCAGGACCAUUGUAACAGAGACGGCCUUCAGUAUAGAUGAGCUGGAGGAACUCUACAUGCUGUUUAAGGCCGAGCACCUGACCAGCUGUUACUGGGGCGGCAGCAGCAGCCCCACCGAGCGCCACGACCCCGGCCUGCCCUACCUGGAGCAGUACCGCAUCGACGUGGAGCAGUUCAAGGGCCUGUUCAACCUGCUGUUCCCCUGGGCCAACGGGACCCACUCUGACCCGCUGGCCCUGCGCUUCUUCCGGCUCCUCGACCAGAACGGAGACGCCCUCAUCAACUUCAGGGAGUUCAUCAGCGGCCUGGGUGUUCUGUAUCACAGGGACCUCACGGAGAAGCUGAAGCUCCUCUACAAGAUGCACGUGUUACCUGAAGUCGUUCAUGAACAGGAGGAGCCCGACUCGGCCUUUGAAGCCACUCAGUACUUCUUUGAAGACAUCACUCCAGAUAUGUCAAUCGGUCCUGACUCAAAGUGCAGAAGUGAGAAGGACGAUGGAUUCGUCCGAGUUACGUUUAAGACUGAAAAAGUCAAGAAACUGAACAAUCCUGAUUACCGGCAUUACCUGAAACUGUGGAACCAGGAGAGCAAGUCCAAACGCGAAAACACAAAAGACCACCCCAAGCUCAAUCAGACCCAGUUCAUCGAGCUUUGCAAGACCCUGUACAGCAUGUUCAGUGAGGACGUCUCGGAACAGGAGCUCUACCACGCCACGGCCACUGUCACCAGUUUACUGCUGGAAAUGGGAGAGGUGGGGAAGCUCUUCGCCUCCUCCUCCGCCGCCAGUAGAAAGGACCACAACAGUGAGGGUCAAUCCGACACCACUGAUCCCAACUCCCCCCAGGAGGCUGGGCUCGACUGCGAGCUCCAGCAGCGGGACCAGGAAGGCGAGUUCGUCCAUGCAGGCUCGGAGAACAAGACGAGCCCCUGCGAUGAGGGGAGAGGGGACGAAGGGAGCCAGCAGCUGCUACCUAUGCAAGACAUCAAGCUGGAGGACUCGUCCCUUAAAGACAUUUGCACAUCCUCUGCCAUGCUCAUCUCGGAUGACGAAACCAAAGAUGACACCUCGAUGUCGUCGUACUCGGUGCUCAGCGCCGGCUCCCACGAGCUGGACGAGAAGCUGCAGUGCGAGGACAUCGCAGAGGACACAGUCCUGGUGCGCAACGACAACGGCGAGCGGGGCUGCGGCCCCCUGGACAGAGCGCUGCCUCACAGCUCCAGCAUUGACAAAGACUGGGCCAUCUCGUUUGAGCAGUUCCUGGCCUCUGUGCUCACCGAGCAGGCCCUGGUACAUUAUUUUGAAAAGCCGGUGGAGGUGGCGGCUCGUAUAACCAACGCCAAGAACGUGCGUAAGGUCGGGCGCCCCCUGCUGUCAACGAGUGACUAUGAGAUCUCAUUAUCCGGCUGAAGUCUCACAGGAGAUGUCACACAGAGACUAGAUUAAAAAAGGGAAACACGAGGAUCAGACGGAGGAGCGAAAAGUGUGUCCGUUUGAGACGGGACUGAAGGUCAAUGUAAAAUGUUUGUAAAUGAUAGUUGAACGACUGUGACCAAAAACCUCUCUUAGCAAUGUAUUUUACCAGAUGUGAAAGACUUUUAUUAUAACAAUCACUAGACGCUGUCCUGCUGAGACGGACCAGGACGUUAAUAUUAAGGUUUGCUCGAAUGAAAUCCGUGUGUACAUGUAGUAGCUGUACUUUAUAAGACAUUAAGCAUAGGUGUUAAUAUUGUAAUCUCUCGUACUCUUCGGCUGUGGUAGAUGUGAAUGUCCACAGAUACAGUCUGGUGUCAAACUGGGAUAUCGAUAAGUCUUACAUUAUAUCUGCCCGAACCUCCGCGCCCUCACUUCACCAUUUUAUUUGCUGCUAAUCUUACAUUUUUUUUAACUGUUUCACAAUUUAAAAAAACAAAAGCUGUGAAAAUUGAACUUUCAUGUGUUGUCGUGUAAACUCUUUGUAGCUCCACAUCACUGUAAUGUAAUAUAACUACUCACAAACACACACUGUUAAUAUUACUCCCUGGAUAUUCCCCUCCCACAACAUUUUAUCUCCUACUAAUAAUGCUAAUGGUAACAAAAACGUUUCAACCACAAUGUUUCAGGAAAUCAAUGUUCUGAGAAAAUGAUGAUUACACUAAGAAAAUGCUUUUGAAUGAAGAGCCUGCACUUUCUCUGUUUACAAUCGUAUGAUCUGUAUUUGCCUUUUAUCGCAGUGUCGUCUACACUCCGACUAAAACCCUUUUUUAAUUUUUAAUGUUUUUAUUUCCUUUUUGAUCUGUAUAUUUUUUUUUAUUCCAUUGUUUUUAUUUCGAGUUGCUCGUCAUUGCUCUGGAUUCUGAUGCGUUGUGUAUCACUCCAUCUCAUUAAAAUUACUGUUUGAUUCAAUGCUGCACAGUA